UGUACAUUCAUUCUGGUCACGUAAAGUGGAAUGCUUAACACUAGCUACUCAGGCUAUUGAACUUAAUUUUUUUUCCCCAGUUGGAAACUUUGGAAAUGUAAGAACGAGUACAAGUGUAGUAUGAGGCUUUAAAUUAUAUUGCUUAAAUAUAUAUAUCAGUUGGCUUUUAUCAGUGACAACUGCUCUCUACAGAAGUCAUUUGUUUGAGGCUUUCAUGCAGAGUGGGGCAGAUAACAGCAAUUUUUCACAGAAAUUGUGCAAAAUGUGAUACACGCACCAAAUUUGGCAUGGUGGUUCCCAAGGGUCUACUUAGCAAAUCUGCCUGACUUGCCAUUUAAAAAUCCAAGAUGGUAGCCAUUUUUCAAGAUGGACGCCGAAUGCGUCUGCCGAAAAUGGUUUUGCUCAUAGAAAUGCAUGUACUUGAUGGAUUAGAAUGAUCUUGGUGUCGAUUUCUAUGUUUUCUUGCAUGCUGAUUCUAAUUGUUCUACUUAAAAAAACAAAACUCAAGUGAAUAACUUCACACUUUUUGGCUAUUUAGAUCAGUCUUUUUCUGCAUUUUCGCUUGCCUUAUGAGUGUUUUGUUAUUUUUUUGACAUGUUAAUUUCUAAAUAUAUAGAGCAGUAUUUAUAUUUAGUGCAUGGGGUGUAGGGUGGAGUAGUAGAGGUAGUACCUUUGUUUCAUCAGUCAGCCACAUCCUCCGGAUGGACUCCUGGCACUGGUCCUCACUACUUACCUAACUCUCAUCUAUGGCUCCAAGAAGUUGCUAGUGCACGGCAACGGCCACACCCUGGCAAACCGUGUUGGCUCACGGGCUAAACUAGGUGAGGGUAACAGGCAGAGGGUCUCUCUGUGUGAGGGAGUAUGCCAUGCUCCAGAUGCAAAGUGCAUGAAGUCAACAAACCAGACCUGAUUGAUCCAUGAAGCCAUUUUUCUAAAGGAGUGAUUGUCGGCACUACCAUGGCACACUGGUGACAAUUACUGCUGUGAAACUCAGCAUGGGGUUCAAUGUCAGCUAAGGAGGAGUGCAUCUCAUACUUAGUGUCCCAAAUGUUGCUUAACCUACCCCACGGACCUGUUAAGCAACCGCACCUGAAUUGACAGGAGGUGCCAGCGCGGGAGAGCCGAGCCAAGGAUAAUGGGGUUUCAAAGUUAUCUGGAUGGUGUACAGAUCGCACGGGACUUAAAUGACAUUGGAUGAACGAUCGGGCUAGGUGUAGGGCAGACAUGCAUGAACCUAGUUGUAUCCCAUACAGGAAAGUGCCCAUGAUACAGGGUGGUAAAAGGAUAAACCCUCGGCCCUGGUCAUCAGAAUGGCUUCAAACACCAAAUGUGAUACUGCAUCAUGGCAGACCAACUGGACCAAGUGUUGCCUCUGUCAAACAGAGGAGAGCGAAUGCCUAACAUCUCCACUUGAAAAUCCUGCCAGAAGGGUAGAGGAUGGAUACAGCCUCUUAGGGAGGAAUAUUCCUCUAUUUCAUGCAGUGAAUGCGCUACCGAUCAAGAUGGACCCACGAAGGCUUGAUGACGGCAGUGGGAUAGAGGCAACCCUGAGGGAAAAUCAAGCACAGUACCAUGCUAGUUGCAGGCUUCUGUUCAGCAACACUAAGUUACAAAGGGCAGAAAAGAGAUUGUAUCCUGCAACAGAUGAGAACAGCAGCAGCGGCAGCAGCAGCAAAAUACCACGGAGAAUGUCAGACCCCAAACAGAAAGAAUGUUUCAUAUGUGAGGUGGAGGGAGAUCUAGAUGACUUUAGACAAGCUAUGACCAUGAAACUGAACAAGAGAGUCAACAAGUGUGCAAAGACUCUCAAUGAUGGAAAGCUGCUUGCCAAACUGAGUGCUGGAGAUGUGGUGGCGCAGGAACUGAAGUACCACAGUGCAUGCUUGGCUGGUCUCUACAACCGAGAACGAGCGCACCUGCGCGCUGAAGAGCUGAGGGAAGCAUACUGCAACUCUGAGGUAGGAAAGAGGGAAGCAUAUCCAAUUGCCUUCUCUGAACUGGUAACAUACAUCAUUGAGACAAAAUCUGCAAAUGAGAGUUCAGCUCCAUCAGUCUUCCGACUUGCCGACCUAUGUGUGCUCUACAGGCAGAGGCUGGAGCAGCUUGGCAUCGACAGUCCUGAUGUUCAUGCUACCCGACUGAAGGACCAGCUGCUUCAACACAUCCCUGAUCUACAAGCUGAACAUCAUGGACGUGAUGUCCUACUGGCCUUUAAGGAGGAUGUAGGGUCAAUUCUUGCACAAGCAAGCAAAUAUGGAGAAGCCGUUCAUCUUGCAAAGGCUGCUGGGAUGAUAAGACGUGAAAUGCUUCAACACAAAUCACAGUGGAAUGGCACAUUCCAUGAUGGGUGCCUAGAAGAUGCUGUACCGUCAUCACUGCUUCAGUUUGUUUGCAUGAUUGAGCAUGGAGCAGACAUCAAGUCACAACUCCAACAUGGAGCCUCAAAGUCUGACCUUGCUAUGGCUCAGCUCUUACAGUACAAUUGUUUAGACAAAUACAAGGCCGGAUCUCACGUCCACAGACAUUCCAAGGACCGGGAGACACCAUUUGUUGUGUACAUGGGCAUGUCGGUGUUUGCCAAAACAAGGAAAAGGCAGCUCAUAGACAUGCUCCAUGACAAUGGACUCAGCAUCACCUAUGAUAGAGUCUUAGAAAUCUCAGCCCAGCUUGGAGAAGCUGUUGUAGCUCAGUACGUGGAUGAUGGAGUUGUCUGUCCACCAGUGUUGAGGAAGCAGGUGUUCACAACGUCCGCGGUGGACAACAUCGACCACAAUUCAACACCGACUACAGCUCAAACUUCCUUCCAUGGUACCAGUAUGUCUCUGUUUCAACACCCAAGCCCUGAACAUCCUGGUGAGGAACGAGAGCCACUGAAGCUCAGUGGAGAUAACAGGGUGAAGAUAGUUCCUGAGCUUCCUGAAUCAUUCACCAAUGUUAAACCAGCGUACCUUACUAAGAACCCCGAACCUCCAGCUGUGCCAAGCCAAUUAUACCAAGCACUACACUCAAUCCAGUCACACCUGAAGGAAGAGUACAGGUGGCUAGAGGAGGUGUCUGUCACUGAGAGUGUGGGUGAUACUCUCAGUAUCACAUGGGCAGCCCACCAUGCAGCACAGAAGAGGAGCCAGCCUUUUGAAGUGAGCAUGACAUCACUGUUGCCUUUGAUACGAGACCAGGCUCACUCUGUUGCAACCAUUAAACAUGCCAUGGGGAAGAUUCGAGAUACAGUGGCAUUCCUCAACCCAGGGCAGACCCCGGUCAUAGCUGCUGAUCAACCACUGUUUGCACUAGCAAAACAAAUCCAGUGGCAGUGGCCAGAGUAUGGAGAGGACAAAUUUGUUAUCAUGUUUGGGGGACUUAACAUAGAGAAGGCUGCGCUUGGUUCCCUUGGAACACUACUGGAACACAGUGGCUGGACCAGUGCUAUUGCUGAAGCAGGGGUGGCCUCAUCUGGUACAGCUGAGUCAUUCCUGACUGUGUCAAGUAUCACCAGGACAAGAUUGGCCCACCAGAUCACAGCAUGCAGCCUGUAUAAACUGAAGAAAGAAGCCUACCAAGACUACUGCUCUGAGGAGUCUGGCAGACCAACGCUGACCUUUGAAGACUGGUGUGAUCAGCGGAGACCUCAGAGUCCACAGUUCCAGUUCUGGGAUCUGGUUUUGGACAUGGAGCUGGUCCUGCUCCUGUUGAUACGCUCCUUCAGGGAAGGAAACUUCGACCUUUACCGUGAAGCACUCUCAGAACUGAUCCCCUACUUCUUCGCGAAUAACAAUGUCAAUUAUGCUCGGUGGCUUCCAGUUCACUUCAGAGACAUGAUGUCUCUCGAGAAGCAGCAUCAAGACGUAGCCAGAGAGUUUCACAAAGGAAACUUUGUUGUUCACAAGUCCAGAAGAGACUUCUCUGCCAUGGCCAUUGACCAAGCCCAUGAACAGAACAAUGCAGCCAUCAAGGGUGAUGGAGGAGCCAUUGGACUAACAGAGGACCCAGGGGCACUUUGGAGAUGGAUGGUGGCUGGACCUGAAGUGAGCCAUCUGGUAUCUGCAUAUGAGGCCAUUUCUGGUGUGAAAGACGCAACCAUCAGCACCAAACACCAUGAACAGACCUUAAGUGCUCAGACAUCUUUCCUUGAGAGGGUGGAGGCACUGUUCAGAGUGAUAAAAGAGAUGGGCAACCCUUUCCAAGAAGAGUCCGUUAAUUUGCUGGUGCUGGACACAAAGAACAUUGCAGAUCCAGCACUAGCUGAACUGGUUGGUGGUCAUCACGAGAGAGGCAAGGAGAAGUUCCAGUCAUUUAUGGAGGCCUUGGAGAAUGAAGAAGAAUGCACAUUCUAUCAGCCAAUCAAGAAGAACAAGGCUUCUUUCUUCAAGCACGAGCAGGCAGCCAGUAAAUUUUGUCAUUCUUCACUUGAAUGCUGGACUAAUAUCUAUUGGGCAUUGAUACAGGAGGAGAGUACAUGCAGAGGGCAGCACUGGCUCUAAGAAAUCCGUCUUCACAGCCACAAUGUGCCACUGUUUUUCUUCUUUUCACUCUAUCAUGAACAUAUGUCACCUUCUGUUUCAGAGAUCAGGUUGGGAACAUUGUUUCAAUUUACAUUGGCUUUGAAUAAGCAUACAGACUAUUCUCCAAGAGUUGCAAGCAGUAAUCAAGAGGGAGGUUGACAUUUUUAACCAGUGUAAUUUAUGUUUAGCAAUCUGUGGUAUGUUGACAAGAAAAAGAAAGAAAACAGGAUUUAUAAACCCCACCAGCCCUUGUCCAUAUAAGGACAUUUACACAAGGAGUUUGACAAGCAUUUGUCUUUAUUUAGUUGUAUGGUAUGUCUUUAGGAGCUGUGAGGUCUUGAAAUUCAUCACCUUGCAAGUCAACUAAAUUAAUCAGGUAAGCGGGCUGUGUGAAAUGUUAUCACGGUGAGUCACCAGUAACUACUCCGCCUGCGCAUUCAGUGGCGUAAGUCAGUGGGGAUCAUUCCCACUGGACCGUGAAUUCUUGAUUAAGACAAACAUUAUUUCCACAUUAGCAGGAGGGGAGCAUUGGUCACUGCUUGUGACUGGCUGAAUAGUUUAAGACAGGAAGAACAGUCAUAUGUGUAGCCCCCACCACCGUUCACACAGCGUCAGGUUGACCCUAAUGGGAGACAGGUGGUCAGACUGCAUAAAACACAGGGAGCUGAGCACUCUGACUCAUGCUGCUGCUCACUCUCUUUGUCUCUCGUUUCCACUGCCUCUCAUUUAGUCUGUCCUCUGCCUCUCUCUUUCCAUCUACUCCCCUUCCCUUAAAGGUACUUUCAAGAUAACCUCCUAUAUCAAUGACACUUAAGUAUUCAAAUUAAAUGAGAUCCUUUGUGUGAUUGUGUAUAUAUUUUUUGGUAAACGGAUUUAAUUUCUACCCCAAGUAAUGUUUUACAUCUGUUUUUCAAACCCCCACACGCUCCUCCGACAGCAAUGUUUGUAGUUAAGGCUGUUGCCAUAGUUGUAAAACAUGCUGAUGCCUUCAACCAAUGAAAUGGGCACAUUUAUUCAUUUAUGGUUUCAAUUAACACACUGUCAGCUUUUUGUUUCUUUACAAGGAAAAAAAGAAGUUGAUAAUGUCCAGCAACAUAAACCUGACAUCCUCCAAAUAAUUCCUCCAAAUAUGUUUUAUGUAUUUUGCAUAUGUUUUGAACAGUAAUAAAUUGAAGAUUCCCUGUACUUAGACUAGGCUUUUUAUUCAAAUUUGUUUGUACACAAACCUGUUUGUUGACUAGUCUUGCCAAGACCAAUUUAUGACCUCUGCCUAAACAAAAUGUUGGCAGCUCAUGUUAAAAGCAUGUCUUAUGAAUACAUAUAGAUAUGUAUUGACUGAUUUGAGGUAUGACUUGACUUAAUAAAUCAGUCUUCUCCAUUAAGUACUAAAAUAAA